UGGGUUACAUAGGAGAAUCAUGCAAGUUAAAAUCAUGGUCUACUGUAUUGGUGAUUUUCAAAGCCCUUAGUGUGUUUAAUUUGCUCAAUUAUGUCGCCUUCAACUUCCUGAGAUCAGUUGCAGUCAUACAUUAGAAUCUUGACAAAAUAUUUGCAGUAGUAAUCGGAUUUUGCGGUACGGACAUUUGCGGGGGUGUUAGAGGAAAAAUAUAGUACUUAAUUUUUUUUAUUUAAAGCGGAUCUAGCCAGAUCAAGUAAAAAAUGUGCGGAUAUAUCAAGGCCCAAUUUCCCAGUUUCUCAGUUUUGAUUCUUUAACCCAACACCAUAUCAUGACCCAAACUGAACAUCAAAAGGUAAUUGCUGCCAACAACGCUAAUUUCAAUGAAGAUUUCGUAAAGGCAUAUGAGAAGCGUGAUUCUCAACGAAUUCUUGCUAUCUUGUUUGUCAAGUACCUUUUAGAGUAUGAUUUCGAACAUCCAACCACGAGAAAAUCAGCAGCUGAAACUGAACAAAUUUUAGGUGAUCCUAAUUUGGAAACCAAUGGUCUCAGUGUUGCAAAGGACUUGCCUGAUCCUAGCACCUAUCUUACGAAAUUCCCCAAUUCAAUCUUCAAACCAGGUAUGAAAUUGUUGGAUUUUGCAUGCGGGUCUGGGAUAGUUACCGAAUUGUUUGUUCCUUACUUAAAAGGUGGUGAAAGGAGUGAGUUGUAUGGAAUGGAUAUUAAUUCGAUAUUCCUUGAAUAUUUUAAUAAAAGGGCAUCCCGCCAUGCAUCAUUUGAUCUUGACUUCAAGUCCUUCCAGUAUGAUGUUCUUGAUCAAGCAGUUCAAGAUGAAUUGGACGACAAGUUUGCAAAUCACUUUGAUGCUAUCUUUUGUACUAUAUCAUACCAUCAUAUUCACAAUUAUGAGCUUGUCACCAAGAAACUUGCUACUUUCCUCAGACCAGGUGGUUGGUUAUUCAUUAUUGAUUUUUACAAUGAAGAUGUCGAAACUGCCAAAGGUGAUACAAGCCAAGCAGUUCAGCAUAUGGGUGGAUUGAAAAUUGAUGCAUUGAAUCGUACUCUAGGUGAAAUUGCGGGUUUGGUUAAUGUUAGUAGUGCUCGUGAAUUUCGAACAUACAAUUGGUCACCUGAACACUUUAUCGUCAAUCACCUGAGACAGGAAAUCCUUGACAAGUUGUCAAAGGGUCAAUUGCCAAGUAAAGUCAUUGAUGGUGAAGUGAAUUAUUUGAUUGAUUCUAGUUUGAUCUAUGCUGUUGGUCAAAGAGCUUAAAUUUGCAUCCUCUUGUUUAUAUACUUCAACAAUAGAUUAAGUAAGCAGUCGUGCGAGUGUACAAAAUUUCUUU